AUGGCCGAUCCGGACAGUAAUAAUGAUGGUCUGGAGCAUGGGCAGUCCAGUAGCUCUCUCGGUCAAUUUUCUUUUGCCCCUGCUACUCGAACUACCGUGGUGACCACUACUACCACUACCACCACCACCUUCCCUCCCUUGGUUAUCAAGCCACCGCGCGCAACUAGAGACCUCGACCCCAAACAAUAUCCUUUGGCGUCCUCCCCGACCCCGGCAUCGCUGAGGAACAUUAAGUUUGAGUUGGGAGGAAAGUCCGUCGUAUUUAACGAACCCGAAGACACAGCAAGCGCUAUCACCGAGUUGGAUGAGAAAAACGACGCGUUAAGGACUUCGAACGGUUUGAUCCGAUCUGUUGCCUCUUAUACUACCUCAGACGACACCCAGUUGCCCCGACGGUUUGCACCUCGUCGGCUAUCAAACCAGCCAUCGAGUCACCCCUCAAGCUCCAAACGUCGACCAGUUUCCCCAGUCUCCAUACCGGAAAAUCACCAGGGCUUACAUCGAGCACGUCCUUCCAGAGUUCCGUCAGAACCGACCGUCCGUUCGAUUCGACCAAGCGGGCUUGCGUCUACAAACCAGGCUGCAGCCGGUUUAGCUACCCCAGAGACAGAAAGCAAUAGCUUCUAUUCGGGAGAAAGUGCAGUUCCUAGGCGGAGAAUUCACAGUGCGGCUAUUCCACGUAGGGAAACUCUCCGCUCACCUUUGUCCUCGGAAGUCGAAUCUCAGGAAGCACCGAAAGCCUCUCGCUCAAAAUCAUCGUUGGGAAAGGAGGUAUCAAACAGCAGACCAUCAAGCUCUGAGAAAUCACACUUGCUUGACCGUCGUGCCAGUAUCAACUCAGGAAAACAAACACCUCAAAUCACUGAAGCAGAAGUCGGCGAUGAAAAUGGAUCAAGUGAAGAGACAAUUUGCGAUGUAUCCGAGGAUGUUUCACAGCAGAUUCCAACUCAGGCAUCAUCGCAAUUAACAGCAAUCGACAAUAUUGCGGCCCAAGAUAUGUGCUUGCCAAGUCCUAGCUUGUCCCCCGUGGCUGCGAUGAAUGCCUUGAAUGCCGACUCCUUUGACUCGAACGAAGAUCCAGGUAUUGACACAGACUCAAGCUUGGAUAACAAUAUGCCCAGGUUUUCACGGCCCUUGCGCAUAGGAAACAGAGAGACCAGUGCACCAAAUGCUUCAAAACCUAGCAACCUACCUGGGGGCAAUGACACUCGAUCAUCAUCCCUGAUGGACAUUCCAGACGUUUUAGACUUUUUCGACUCUGUGCCAGAGAGUAUAAAGACCUAUCUCAUGUACCAAUUUCUCAGGCGGUGUCCGAAACCAACUCUACACUUUGUUGCAGAUGUCGUGAACCCAGCUCUGAAAUGUGACUUUUUGGCCCUGCUUCCGCUUGAACUUAGUCUCAACAUCGUCAAAUAUUUCGACGUCCAAACUAUGUGCCGUGCCGCGCAGGUUUCUAAAAAAUGGAGACAUAUAGUCAAUUCGGAUGAGAAGACCUGGAAAGAACUCUUCGACAGGGAUGGUUAUGUCUUGCCAGAAGGCGAGAUGGAGCGUGCCAUAAGGGAAGGCUGGGGUUGGCAGUUUCCUAACGGAAUGGAGGAUUGGGAGAGAGACUUGGGCUCAUCCCAUUCCUCCAAGCUCGACUUGGAACUGUCUACCCUGCCAUCGUCGUCCGCGGGGCCGAGUGAUAGAACGUUAUCAUUGAAUCGGCGACCAAAAAGAAAAGCCACCACUCGUGCUUCAAGCCGUAAACUUGCGAAAAGGAAAAUUUCAUCCAGUGGAACUGAGACUUCAGAAUCUUCUGACUGGAGGAGAGACGUUGCAGCAACAGAAGGGCCGUACGCCGCUGCCAAUGCUGCGGCGGCGGCUGUACCAUACCCCGACAUUGGCUUGCCGUCCCUUCAAGGUCUCCAUCUCUACAAGUCUCUUUAUCAACGUCAUCAUUCAAUCCAUAAAAGCUGGAUGGAUCCUGCCGUUAAGCCAAAACAUAUUGCUUUCUGUGCCCAUGAUCGUCAUGUAGUCACCUGCCUUCAGUUUGACACGGACAAGAUUUUGACCGGAAGCGAUGAUACGAAGAUCAACGUGUAUGACACGAAGACAGGUGCCCAGCGCGCAACACUAGCUGGUCACGAUGGGGGCGUCUGGGCCCUUGAGUAUUAUGGCAACACCCUGGUUUCUGGGUCGACUGAUAGAUCUGUUCGGGUUUGGGACAUUGAAAGAGCGAGAUGCACACAGGUUUUCCAUGGUCAUACUUCUACCGUGCGAUGUCUGCAGAUCGUUUUGCCGUCAGAAGUGAAAGCUGCUGAUGGCACUGUUGAGAUGAUGCCGAAAGAGCCAUUGAUCAUCACUGGCUCUCGUGAUUCGAGCCUCCGAGUGUGGAAGCUUCCCAGACCCGGUGACCCCGUUUACUACCAGAGCGGCCCACACGUUGACGAUACGGACUGCCCGUACUUUGUCCGUGUUCUUGCGGGCCAUUCGCACUCUGUUCGCGCAAUUGCUGCACACGGUGAUACCCUGGUGAGCGGAAGCUAUGACUGUAGCGUGAGAGUCUGGAAAAUCUCCACUGGGGAGACUCUACACAGGCUCCAAAGCCAUAAUAUGAAGGUCUACAGUGUGGUUCUUGAUCAUAAGCGAAACCGUUGUAUCAGUGGGUCCAUGGACAAUAUGGUCAAAGUAUGGUCUCUGGAAACUGGGUCCAUCUUGUAUAACCUCGAGGGGCAUACUUCUCUUGUAGGUUUGCUUGAUCUGAAAUUCGACCGCCUGGUGUCAGCAGCUGCAGACUGCACACUCAGAAUUUGGGAUCCAGAGACUGGCCAAUGUAAAAGCAUGCUGAGCGCCCACACCGGUGCGAUCACAUGUUUCCAACAUGAUGCCCAGAAAGUGCUAUCCGGGUCUGAUCGAACUUUGAAGAUCUGGGAUGUGCGAACCGGAGAAUGCGUCCGAGAUCUGCUCACAGACCUCAGUGGUGUUUGGCAAGUCAAGUUCAACGACAGGAGAUGUGUCGCUGCAGUUCAGCGCGACAGCCUGACUUAUAUUGAAGUUCUCGAUUUCGGCGCUCCUCGCGAUGGUGUACCAGAAAAUGAGCUGGGGAAGCGCAUGGUGGUCAACCGACGAGGCCAGGAAACAGAUUCAGCAGAAAAUGCUGACGAAGAUUACGAUAUAUCCGAUGCUUGA